UCAUACGUCUCCUUCCCCCCCCCCCCUCCUUCCCUCUCACUGUGUUCUCAGCUCUGCUUCAACGCGACUCCUAUCUGUUCGGUGACGGUUGCUGCCCGAGCUGUUUCUUAUCUUCUUUCUAUCUCUGCUGGCACCCUCGGCCACGGAACCUGUCCAACUCUACAUUCAAAAUCAUAAUAGUAAUUGUUUUUCCGGGGCGAAUUGCAUCUACUGCUGCUGACAGGUCAUCGCAAUGCAGACAAGGUCGGUUCAAGUAAAGAAUGUUUCAGAUCUAGCUACUGAGAGAGAGAUUCACGAAUUUUUCUCAUUUUCUGGAGAAAUCGAGCACAUUGAGAUCCAAAGUGAUUCCGGGAAAUUAAAGACAGCAUACGUGACAUUUAAAGACCCAAAGGCGCUUGAGAUUGCGUUGUUGUUAUCGGGUGCAACUAUAGUAGAUCAGAUCGUGAGUAUAACUCCAGCUGAGAAUUACAUACCGAAACAAGAGAUGCAGGAAGUAAUGGUGGUGGAAAAUGCUACAAAUGUUGCUCCUGUUGAAAAUGUUACACCAAAUGUUGAGGAGAAAACAAGUCCCACUAGCAGUGGAAGAAUAUAUGUUAGUAGAGCACAAGAUGUAGUUACAAGUAUGCUCGCUAAAGGUUCGGCAAUUAGACAAGAUGCCUUGAAUAAAGCUAAAGCAUUUGAUGAAAAGCAUCAGUUUACUGCCAACGCAUCUGCUAAGGUUGCUUCUUUUGACAAGAGGGUUGGUCUUACAGAGAAAUUGACAGUUGGCAUUUCUGCGGUUAAUGAGAAGGUGAAGUAUGUUGAUCAGAGGCUUCAUGUUUCAGAUAAAACUAUGGCCGCAAUAUUAGCAGCUGAGAGGAAGUUAAAUGAUACUGGAUCAGCGGUCAAAACUAGCAGAUAUGUGACUGCUGGAACGACAUGGUUAAAUGGUGCUUUUGGUAAGGUGGCAAGGGCUGGACAGCUUGCCGGUACGAAGACUAGAGAAAAGUUCCAUUUGGCUGUGUCUAACUUGACAGCGAAGGAGCCAUCAGUUGCUGCAUAAACUAGAAUUUGGUAUUCAUAGGUCACAUCAAGAGAUAUCUUUAAAUCAUGAUAUUUUUUUGGAACAUGUUGGUCUGUCAAGCGGUUUGGCAUUUGAAACGGAGACACUGAGGUGCAAAACAGAACAGGAGGAGAGAUGGGAAGGCAUUGGUUUCUGUGUUUGUCCUCCUAAUAUCCUUCAGCAGUUUGUUUCAUGUGACAAGUGUUAUGAUUCAUUUUUAUCCCAUGCUUUAUUCUGAUGUCACUGUGGUUUGUCGAUGUUGCUUCUUUGUAAUUUCAGCAGUGGUAAUUCUGGUUUUCGUGUGGGAAGGAAAUUAUAGAUGCAAUGUGAGUGCUUCUCUUCACCUUAAAAAAUUAGCUGAGCAUGUGAUGUGUGAUCUCUUCAUCUUGUCCUGUCACCAAUGCUUUGUAAAAAUUGUGGGAGAAAUUAUCUCCAUGAUCUCUUUUGAAAUAAAAAAAGUAUUCCAUGGAAA